UAGUACAAAGCUAACAGUUUCUCUCUACCAGCAACGUAUAAAAGGUGAUAAUUUAUGGUGAAACUUCCUCACUUAUUGAUUCCUGUCCCAGAGGUGCGCGGCACGCCAUCGUCCAAUCAGAAUUACUCCGAUUUCUUUAACGCGCGUGCUACAUUUUCAUUCCUCCAAACACGUCGUUACGAAGGUGGUUUAGACUCCCUUUAGGGUUUGGAUAUCGACUUUGUUGGCGGUCGGAGGGAAACGCUAUGCCGAGUCACCCGCUGCGCGUGGCGGUGGUGUGUUCGAGCAACCAGAAUCGCAGUAUGGAGGCGCAUAACAUCCUCAGCAAGAGGGGUUUUGAUGUGCAGUCAUUUGGCACUGGGUCCCAUGUGAAGCUACCUGGUCCAGCACCGGACAAGCCCAAUGUGUAUGACUUCAAAGUCACCUAUGAGCAGAUGUACAACGAUUUGGUCCGCAAGGACAAGGAACUAUACACACAAAAUGGGAUCCUGCACAUGUUAGAACGCAACAAACGCAUCAAGCAGCGACCUGAGCGUUUUCAGGACUGCAAAGAAAAGUUUGAUUUAGUCAUCUCGUGUGAGGAGCGGGUCUACGAUCAGGUGUUGGAAGACUUGAACUCUCGGGAACAGGAAACCUUUCAGCCAGUGCAUGUCAUUAACGUGGACAUCCAGGAUAACCAUGAGGAAGCUACCCUGGGCGCCUUUGUCAUCUGCGAGCUGUGUCAAUGUAUCCAGAAUACUGAUGACAUGGAGAACGAGAUGGAUGAUCUGCUGCAGGAGUUCGAGGAAAAGAGCAAUCGAUCCUUCCUGCACACUGUCUGUUUCUACUGACUAUUGAACUCAAGUAGUGAUGCUGCGUCAUCUGGCUGAAACUUGUACAAGAGGCACACCAUCCACUUGCUAUCACUUCCCUACUAAUGCAGAAACCCAUUUAUAUAGACUGUAUAACACUGAGGCACUAGCACUGAGUACUUCCAUUAACCCUUGUGCUGAAGCAGUAACACAUUGCAGCCAGUGACUGUGCUGUACUGUAGCAUGAGCAUAUAGCUACUGGUAACUACACUGCACUGGGAUAUUAGUAUCUCCUUCUGUUACACAUGCAGUGCCACUGUGUUCGAGCUCACCUGCUUUAAGUCAUGCAGAUUCGUGGAGCAGCUGUUUGAGGGGUGGGGGAGCAGCACCUUGUUGCCUUAAGCUAAUUCUGGACACAUUUGCUAGGCUCUCUCACCCUGGCAAAUAUGCCCAGAUGAUGGUAUGAUGCUCUACUGUGUCCAUUUGCCAGAAUGGAGUGCACUUCCCAGUGUGUGAACCAAGCCAGUGGGGUAAAUCUUAUCUAGUCGGCUCGUCUUUUUCUCACCUCCUGUUGAGUCAAAACAUGCUGUAGCUCUAGGAAAAGUGACAGAGUGAGGUGAGAGGUUCUCUUCUGUGCUGCUGGUUUGUCCAUGUGCUUGAUCAAGGGAAACGACGACAGAGACAUAAAUGAAACAUUAUCUAUUCAUUCUCUUUAAGAAACAACUAUUUUUAUUGCUUUUAUCAGACUGGUGUAUUCAGAUGAGUGCUUGAUUCCUUUUUUGUGUUUGAGUAUAAAUUAAUAAGAAUGCAGAUCAACAAUGAACCAUAAAAACCUCAGGGUUAAAACCUCAUAUAUUACAGUUAUUUAUAAAUUGAUGUUUACAUCUGAGAAUCUUGAACUUUGCUCAAAUGUCGAUUUUGCUCCAUUAGGUUUUAUAAAUCAAGCAAAAUGUUCAACUUUGGAGUGCCUGUGAGACAGUGAAUACUUGAAGUGCAGUUUAAUAUUAAAAAGGGUUAAAGUCUUUGCUUUAUUCUAUAUCAUGCAUUGUUUGCCAUAUUGGAUCACAGUCACAGUGCAUCUAUUGAGAUGUCGACUCAGAAUUUAAAGCAUUUGGAAAGGAUUUAAAAGGUAAUAUUUAAUGUGGAAGUGCAGAGUCAAAGUCGCAUCCUGACCAAUUAGUGAGUUUUCAUGCACAGGGUCUGGGCUGUUUAACUGAGUAGUCUGAGCAUCCGAACUGCCAUGUUUCCAGUAAUGCUUUCUUUUAACUUUUUUACCAAUGACUGAGUUGCUUCUCUUGUUUUUGGUUUGUAUUAUCAUUUAGUUGUCUUACUGUAAGGUUACAUAGACCACAUCCAUCAGGCUUUUAACCAUUUAUCCUGGUCAGAGAAGUGAGGGACCCUGGAGUCUAUCCUCGCACAAGAAUAAGGCUGAGGUACAGCCUGGCUGGGAUGGCAGCGCGCUGCACUACACAAACUCACACGCACCAAAUCAUGCAUUGUGGGCAGUUCAGAAAUGCCAGUCAGUUGAACAGCCAGAGGAAGCUGCUGUAUGCUGAGGAAGGCCAGGUAACACAGGGAGAACAUGCAAAGACCAGAUGCACAGAGGAGAGGUGGGAUUUGAACCCAUAGCCGUUAAAAUAUGAGGCAACAGUCCUGCCCACAAACAUUUGAUUAGUUUUCAGGGCGCAAUGAUGUCAUUGGUGAAAGAUACAUGAAAGGCUGUUCAGUUUUAGGAUGAUGUCUGGAUGCACCUGUCUGAAGACUCACUUAAUAGCUAUAUGUAAAAUUUCCUUUAUAUUGAUGUAAACCUAGAUAAAAUAAAAUCAAUUAUAUAUGUGUUAUAUAAAUACUGUAGCAUAAGUACACUGUUGCAUAAAUGAAGUUAAUGUGAUCUGACUAAUGUUUUUUUUAAUUCUCUUCAAUGCAAGCCAUCUAUUGGUUAAGACGUGUAAAAAUGUGGGCAAACAAUUGAUGUUGGCUCACAUCCUAGAAAGUUUUGCUGAUGCGUCUGUAAGCUGUGGAAUUAUUUUGCCUAAUGAAUACAACAGACUUCUGUUUUGUCCACAAUAUUUUAACAUUUGUAAUAUUUUGAAUUCAUGCCUAACUAUGUUGCAGUUAUCAACAUCCGCCGAAACAUCCACUAAGAAUGUCGGCGUCUCUGUGCAGCUACCUUCUGAUUGGCUCAUCCACCAGCCACGCCAAGAUCACAGUCCUGUCCCUCGAAGAUGCUGCUAACAACAGGAAAGUGCAUUUCAAUAGGAACCGCCACCACUGGGUGAAAACGCAUUAAAAAUUAAA